AUGCUGCGCGCCGCGGUGCCCCUGCUCGGGCUGCCCCUGGCGGGAGCGGGAAUAGCCGAAGAGCCCACCCAAGAGCCGGGAUCGCCAGGCGAACCGCCGCCAGGUUUGGCGCUCUUCCGGUGGCAGUGGCACGAGGUGGAGGCGCCCUACCUGGUGGCCCUGUGGAUCCUGGUGGCCAGCCUGGCCAAAAUCGUGUUUCACCUGUCCCGGAAAGUAACAUCUCUGGUUCCCGAGAGCUGCCUGCUGAUUUUGCUGGGCUUGGUGCUAGGGGGCGUUGUCUUGGCCGUGGCCAAGAAAGCUGAGUACCAGCUGGAGCCGGGCACCUUCUUCCUCUUCCUGCUGCCUCCUAUCGUGCUGGACUCGGGCUAUUUCAUGCCUAGCCGGCUGUUCUUUGACAACCUGGGUGCCAUCCUCACCUAUGCUGUGGUGGGCACGCUCUGGAAUGCCUUCACAACAGGCGCUGCCCUCUGGGGCCUGCAGCAGGCUGGACUUGUGGCCCCUAGGGUGCAGGCCGGCCUGCUGGACUUCCUGCUGUUUGGGAGCCUCAUCUCAGCGGUGGACCCUGUGGCUGUGCUGGCUGUCUUUGAGGAGGUGCACGUCAAUGAGACGCUCUUUAUCAUUGUCUUUGGCGAGUCCCUGCUCAAUGACGCAGUCACUGUGGUGCUGUACAAGGUCUGCAACUCCUUUGUGGAGAUGGGCUCUGCCAAAGUGCAGGCCACUGACUACCUGAAGGGUGUCGCCUCCCUGUUUGUGGUCAGUCUGGGCGGGGCAGCCGUGGGCUUAGUCUUUGCCUUCCUCCUGGCCCUGACCACACGCUUCACCAAGCGGGUCCGCAUCAUCGAGCCACUGCUGGUGUUCCUCCUCGCCUACGCAGCCUACCUCACUGCUGAAAUGGCCUCGCUGUCUGCCAUACUCGCGGUAACCAUGUGUGGCCUGGGCUGUAAGAAGUAUGUGGAGGCCAACAUUUCCCAUAAGUCCCGCACGACUGUCAAAUACACAAUGAAGACCCUAGCCAGCUGCGCUGAGACCGUCAUCUUCAUGCUGCUUGGCAUCUCGGCCGUGGACUCUUCUAAGUGGGCCUGGGACUCUGGGCUGGUGCUGGGCACCCUCUUCUUCAUCCUGUUCUUCCGAGCCCUCGGCGUAGUCCUGCAGACGUGGGUGCUGAAUCAGUUCCGGCUGGUCCCUCUGGACAAGAUUGACCAGGUGGUGAUGUCCUAUGGGGGUCUGCGGGGGGCUGUGGCCUUUGCUCUCGUCAUUCUACUGGACAGGAACAAGGUCCCUGCCAAGGACUACUUUGUGGCUACCACUAUUGUGGUGGUCUUCUUCACAGUCAUCGUGCAGGGCUUGACCAUCAAGCCACUAGUCAAGUGGCUGAAGGUGAAAAGGAGUGAGCACCACAAACCCACCCUGAACCAGGAGCUGCACGAGCACACUUUUGACCACAUUCUGGCUGCAGUGGAGGACGUUGUGGGGCACCAUGGCUACCACUACUGGAGGGACAGGUGGGAGCAGUUUGACAAGAAGUACCUGAGUCAGCUGCUGAUGCGGCGAUCAGCCUACCGCAUCCGGGACCAGAUCUGGGAUGUGUACUACAGACUCAACAUCCGGGAUGCCAUCAGCUUUGUGGACCAGGGAGGCCACGUCUUGUCCUCCACAGGCCUCUCUCUGCCCUCUAUGCCCAGCCGCAAUUCUGUGGCAGAGACCUCUGUCACCAACCUGCUGAGGGAGAGCGGCAGCGGCGCGUGCCUGGAUCUGCAGGUGAUUGACACGGUGCGCAGCGGCCGGGACCGGGAGGAUGCUGUGAUGCAUCAUCUGCUGUGCGGAGGCCUCUACAAGCCGCGACGCAGGUACAAAGCCAGCUGCAGCCGCCACUUCAUCUCGGAGGAUGCACAGGAGCGGCAGGACAAGGAGAUCUUCCAGCAGAACAUGAAGCGGCGGCUGGAGUCCUUUAAGUCCACCAAGCACAACAUCUGCUUCACCAAGAACAAGCCCCGACCACGCAAGGCUGGCCGCAAGAAGAAGGAUGGUGUCGCUAAUGCUGACGCUACAAACGGGAAACCUCCUCGAGACCCGGGCUUUCAGGACACAGCUGCUGUGACAUUAACUGUGGAGUCGGAGGAGGAAGAGAGCGACAGUUCAGAGACAGAGAAGGAAGACGAUGAGGGGAUCAUCUUUGUGGCUCGGGCCACCAGUGAGGUUCUCCAAGAGGGCAAGGUCUCAGGAAGCCUUGAGGUGUGUCCAAGCCCACGCAUCAUCCCCCCGUCCCCAACCUGUGCAGAGAAGGAGCUGCCCUGGAAGAGUGGGCAGGGGGACCAGGCGGUGUAUGUGUCCUCAGAAACCACCAAGAUUGUGCCGGUGGACAUGCAGACGGGCUGGAACCAGAGCAUCUCAUCCCUGGAGAGCCUGGCAUCCCCUCCCUGUACCCAGGCCCCAACUCUGACCCGCCUGCCGCCCCGGCCCCUGGGUGCUGAAGAGCCCCGGGCCGCUCUCGACCUGCUUUCUGAUCCCCGCCCUAGCUUUGCCUUUCCCCCCAGCCUGGCCAAGGCUGGCCGCUCCCGCAGUGAGAGCAGUGCUGACAUCCCCCAGCAGCAGGAGCUACAGCCCCUCAUGGGCCCCAAGGACCAGACUCAUCUCAGCCCGGGCACGGCUAACUCCCACUGGUGCAUCCAGUUCAACAGAGGGGGCCGGCUGUAGCCCAGGGCCUGGGCGAGGAACAGGAGGUGGAGUGUUCUCAGUGCAAUGGGCAGCCUGACAUGGGACCAGAGGGGCCUGGGCUGAAGUAGCAACUGGAUCUCCUUGGGGCUGGUCAAAAGGGUUUCCUGGGCUGGUCCUCACAGGGACCCUUCUCACCAUCCUCCCUGCUCCUAACCCCUGCCAACUUCCAUUUCAGUAAGGCACCUACCCUGGCUCAGGACCCAGUCCAGAAUUUCUAAGGGCUAGGUCCAGAGACUUGGGUAGCUGAUAGCCCUUCCCCAGUGGGUCUUCCUGGGGUUACUGUAGGCAGCUGCUCUUGACCCAAAACAAAGGCAUCACUCCUCAGCAGAUGCUGGCCUGCCUGCCCUCCACGGCAUUGGGGUGAGAGGUAGAGCAGGCCUCAGUCUUGGGUCUGACUGCCCUGGAGGGUCAGGCACCCGGUCAGUUUUUUCAGGGCAGUGGAACUCUGCCUCUAUUUCUUGCUUCAGCUCUUCCCUUUGCUGCCAGCUAUCAGGGCAGUGGUUCAAGGCCAGGGGAAUAGGCCAGGCUUCAGUUCAGGGGUGCUUCUCAGCCAGGGUCCCUCUGGGGAUCAGCUGCUCUGAGUCCAAUCUGGACUUUCCCGAUGCUUGGGUCUGGGUUUUCUGAGGAGGGGAUGCCAUGGCCUCUGGGCUCCCGUGUCACCACCUCUGCUUUCCCCAAACAGGGGAGGAACCAGGCCUCCCAGGGCCGCUGCUCCACUGCCCUGGGGGCUGGGAUGCCUGGCUGCAGUGGUAAUGGGGGGCUGACUGAGUGGCAGGUGAUUUUCCUGGGGUUAGCACCUGCCUUGUGUUUUGUACCUUGAACCUAACAUCCAUUAAACAUCUCUCG